AUGGCAUUCAAACACGGAAUGCUUCUGGACCCUUCGCUUUUCCUGGUAAUCAUAAGCUUUUUGCAAGCACUUCCUGCAGACACAACAGUGUUACCCUACAAACGAAGAUAUGUUGAAAACUCUGUCGAGAACUGUGCAUUUGAGAUUCAAUCGAAUACUGCUAAUUGCGAGAGACUCAGGUUAACGAACGUUCCCAAAGAGCUCCCAGAGGAUGUUGAAAUCCUGAGGAUCAGUGAGAACAGUAUCAAGUCUUUAUUGAACUCCUCGUUUGAAAGGUACCCUCAUGUCACCUACCUAGACGUCUCCGAUAACGACAUUAGAGUGAUAGAACCCAUAACUUUCUAUCCCCUCAAAGAAUUAGCCCUCCUACGUAUGUUCCUCAACCCAUAUCUUGUACUUCCAACAGGACUACUCAGGUGGGCCACUAAGUUGUCCUAUCUUGAUGUGUCCCAGUCAGGCUUGAAAUCGCUUCCGGGUGACAUUUUAAGAUGGAGCCCAACAUUGGAUAAAGUAUUUCUCAGCAACACCGAGCUGACUUCAGUGAAUAUCAGUCUUUGUGGCACAGUAGGCUCCGUCUUCUUGUCAAAGAAUAAUAUUGAACAGCUCACAGAUGGAACUUUUACCUUCACUUGUCAAACGGAUGAACUCUACCUUACACGGAAUCCCAUCCGAUCAGUUGAUCCCAGUGUUAUUGAAUCACUACAAGUCCGAUCAUUGAUGCUAGGAGGAUACACUUUGACUUUAGAUGUCGUUAGAAAUAUCUUCAUUGGUGUCUCACGUUCGAAGAUAAAGAACCUCGCAAUCAACUAUGCAGCUUCUUUAGAGCCGCUCCACUACAAACCUCUCCUUGAUUUUGAUCCCUCGGAGCUUUGUGGCCUUAGCAUCCCACUCGUCCGUUUGUCUUCCCUCGCUGUCAUUUGUCUGGUCGCCAUCGCCGUGCUCCUUCAUCACUAUCGAUGGCAAUUAAGGCACAGACUGUGUCUCCUGAAGUUUGCCGCCCUUGGGUACCUGGAGAUACGAGACACUCGGGAACACGACGAAUACGAGUUCGAUUUGAAUAUCAUCUUCUACGAUGAUGACGAAGCAUGGGUCCGUGAACAUCUUCGGUUAGCCAUCGAAGAACAGCUUCCGCAAUUCCAGAGCAACGUCUUUGGUGACGAGGAUCUCGUCCCCGGUAUGCACUAUUUGGAGGCAGUCGACUAUGUGGUGAGGCGGAGUUACAAAACCGUUGUACUGCUCAGCAGUGCCGCUGUCCGCGAUCGCUGGUUCAUGCUCAAGUUCCGUACGGCCAUGGACCACGUGAGUGAUACCCAGACCGAGUUUGUCUUCGUGAUUUUCCUGGAAGAUAUUCCCGACGAAGAACUACCCUUCCUUGCAAGGAUGUACCUAAGUGAUGGCAGACCCUAUCUGCACUGGCCUGAAGAUAUCAGGGGACAGUUAUAUUUUUUUGAUGAACUAACCAAAAAUCUGACCAUUAAUCUGAAGACGAAUGAUUUGAUUCCUGAUGGAUAG